CAAGUGAGCAACGGAGGUCCGUUAUCCCUACCUUUGUGACUUCUACUCUGCGAGCUUCCAUAUGCACUGGGAAUACUGUUAUCUAACACUCGAGUAUGAUCUGUAUAUUGCGUAUAAGUCUGAUGAUUAACGAGGCAUUGUCAAGGAAGAAGUCUAUACACCCGGGCUUGUAAUCUCAUUUAGGGCACGUCACAAUGACUUCAGCUGCUGAAGUUAGGCAACAGUUCAUAGACUUCUUUGCGAAGAAGUAUGAGCACACAUAUGUCAAAUCAUCCUCUGUUAUUCCACAUGAGGAUCCUACGCUCCUUUUUACAAAUGCUGGAAUGAACCAGUUUAAACCCAUAUUUUUAGGCACUGUUGAUCCAAACAGUGAUGCAGCAAAGUACAAGCGCGUUGUUGACACCCAGAAGUGCAUUCGUGCUGGUGGAAAACAUAAUGAUCUUGAUGAUGUUGGCAAAGAUGUCUACCAUCACACAUUUUUUGAAAUGUUGGGAAACUGGUCGUUUGGUGACUUUUUCAAGAAGGAAAUUUGCACCUGGGCUUGGGAGCUUCUCACCGAGGUCUACAAGCUUUCGGCGGAUCGUCUGUAUGUUACAUAUUUUGGGGGCAAUGAGGAGGCUGGGCUGAAGCCAGACUUGGAAUGCAAAGAUAUAUGGAAGAGCUUGGGUAUUCCUGAAGAGAGAAUUCUACCAGGCAGCAUGAAGGACAACUUCUGGGAGAUGGGUGAAACAGGGCCAUGUGGCCCCUGCUCUGAAAUGCACUAUGAUCGUAUUGGAGGGCGAAAUGCACAACAUCUUGUGAAUGCAGAUGUUCCUGAUGUCUUAGAAAUCUGGAACCUUGUGUUCAUCCAGUACAACAGGGAAAGUGACGGUACUCUACGUCUCUUGCCAAAGCAGCACGUCGACACAGGAAUGGGCUUUGAGCGCCUUGUGUCAGUCAUUCAAAACAAACCAUCCAACUAUGAUACUGACGUCUUUGUUCCGCUGUUUGAAGCCAUUCAGAAGGCUACGGGUGUGCGACCUUAUCAAGGUCUUGUGGGUAAAGAUGACGUGGAUGGCAUUGAUAUGGCAUAUCGAGUACUCGCAGAUCAUUCAAGAACUCUUACCAUUGCACUCUCAGAUGGUGGCCGACCAGACAAUGUGGGCAGAGGGUAUGUGCUGAGAAGAAUCCUCCGAAGGGCAGUGCGCUAUGCUACGGAAAAGAUGAAUGCAGCUCCUGGCAUGUUCGCUAGCCUCGUGCCAGUUGUAGUGCAGAUAUUGGGUGAUGUGUUUCCAGAGCUAAGGAAAGACCCUGAAUCUAUCAUGGACAUCAUCAAUGAAGAAGAAAGCCAAUUUUUGAAAACUUUGUUGAGGGGAAGGCGCCUGCUUGAGAAGACUGUUGCAAAACUAGGCGGUCAAAAAUCCCUUCCUGGUGAUGUUGCAUGGCGGCUGUAUGAUACAUAUGGUUUUCCGAUCGACCUUACCCAGCUAAUGGUUGAAGAGAAGGGUUUGGCUGUCGAUUUUGAUGGCUACGAAAAAUCCAAAGCAGCUGCACAGCUGGCGUCACAGGCCAGUGAUGCGAAGGUGGACAAUGGUCUCAAGUUGGAUGUGCACACUAUUUCUGAACUACAGACAAAAGGCAUCCCACCAACUGACGACUUACCCAAAUACAACUAUACCUGCACCCUCCCAGAGAAACAUGCUGUCUAUGAAUUCGCUGCUUGCUCUGGUACUGUACUUGUACUUCGGAACAAGAAGCAGUUUGUGCAGUGUGUCGAAGCUGGUGAACAAUGCAGCAUUAUUCUGGAUAGAACAAAUUUCUAUGCUGAAUCCGGUGGGCAGAUCUAUGAUACUGGAUUCAUGACUUCGGAAAUUGGUGAUGACGUAGAAUUUGUUGUCACAGAAGUACACAUUCAAGGAGGUUUUGUUGUCCAUAUCGGAAAGCUGAGUAUCGGCACCUUGAAGGUUGGUGACAAGCUGAAACUCUUCGUGGAUGAGGCUCGUCGUAAAUUGGUCAUGAAUAACCACACUGGGACCCACAUACUAAACUUUGCCCUUCGGAAAGUACUCACAGCAGAAGCUGACCAACGUGGUUCUCUUGUAGCACCUGAUCGACUUCGGUUUGACUUUGCUAACAAGAAACCAAUGUCCCCAAGUGAAGUGAAGCAGGCUGAACAAGCUGCUAAUGAACUUAUCUCGAAGAAUGAAGAAGUCUAUGCAAAGGACUCUCCACUUCCACUUGCCAAAGCCAUUCAAGGACUUCGUGCUGUAUUCAACGAGACAUACCCGGAUCCAGUACGAGUGGUAUCAGUUGGUAUCCCAGUGGAGGACCUUUUGGCAGACCCUACUAGCCCCGCUGGCUCAGUAACGUCUGUGGAAUUCUGUGGUGGAACCCAUCUGAAACGUGCAGGGCAUGUAGGAGAUUUUGUGAUUGCAAGCGAAGAGGCCAUUGCUAAAGGAAUUCGGCGCAUUGUCGCGUUAACAGGCCCAGAAGCUGCAAAGGCACUGAAAAAGGCGGAGCAUUUUCAUUCGGAACUUGAGAAGCUCAGGAUCAUCUGCAAGGAAGCCACUCAGCCUCUCCAGGGGAAGAUAAUUGUCAAACAAAUUGUGGAACUCUCUGAGGAGAUUUCGGUUUCUAACAUUUCUUAUUGGAAGAAGGAUGAGCUGAGAACAGAGCUAAAGAAUCUCAAGAAGAAGUUGGAUGAUCUGGACAGAACACACAAGUCUCAGGCCCAGCAAAUGGCAAUUGAGAAUGUCAAGAAGCUGCUUGAAGAGAACAAAGAUGCAGACUAUAUUGUGCAUGAAUUGGAAGUUGGCGACAAUGCAAAGGCCCUUGAUGCUGCACUGAAACAGGUGCGAACUGAAACGCCUAACACACCUGCUAUGUUUUUUAGUCGUGACUCUGAGAAAGGGAAAGUAAUCUGCCUGAGCUCAGUACCAAAGGAGGUUGUAUCAAAAGGAUUGUCUGCAAAUGACUGGGUGAAAGAGGUGACUGAAGUGAUUGGAGGAAAAGGUGGCGGUCGGGAUGACUCUGCUCAAGCCUCAGGAACCAACGUUCAAAGUCUGCCCAAGGCUCUCGAGGUAGCCAGAAGAUUCGCUGAGCUCAAGCUAUCGUCUUGAAUGUAGGGCCACAAAUCCUAAUAUUUGGAUCAUUAAAGGACAAGAUAAAUA